AGCUACUUGGCUGUACAAUCCAAAAGCAGCUCCAAGACAGCUUAACAAGAAGCAACGCCAGCAGGUAAGGGAGAUUCAUGGCUCAAAUUGAUGAGGAUGCAGGAGCCACACAACAGGGAGCAGCACAUGAGAAUGAUAAAAGCCUGAAUCCAGUUUGUGCCCCUAAAGAGAUACUUGUUUUAGCAAAGGGGUUUCCUUAUCAUAGACUAUAACAUUUAAGUGGGUUUUGGGGUGUUUUGAAGGCUAGUGACAGUGAGGAUUGUUGAAGGCUAUGUAGCAUAGCAAAAAUGGGAAAAAGUAUCCAGAUUUAAUUGUGAAACCAAUAUGUAUGCUCCAAAUAGGUACAACCAUCCACUGAUGAAUGAGAGACUCUGAUUGCAUAAUGCAGUUAACAGACUGUUUUUACUUUGAAGGAUCUCAGGUCUUUACAUUGGCACACUUGCCUUGCAUUUCCCAGCAAUUGAGACCACAGUAUUAGUGUUGUAACCCACACUGAAGGGUGGGUAAGAAAGAAAUAACAGUAGUGAGUUUUGCUCCCAGAAAGUGCAUGAUGCUGUAUUUGAAUUAUUUUCAGGUUGACAUUUGAUGAUGGUGUGUGCACAAGGACCAUCUGCCCAAAGGAUAUGUGUACUGUGUGUUGUGGUUGUGCAAAUGACAUUAGCAUGUAUAGCUUUAUGUUCAUUACAUCACUAAUGAAAAAUGACCCAGCUCUCUCCAUUCAUACUGGGCCGUUUUGUAUUUAUGUUAUUUUUACGUCUUUAAUGACAGGACACUCUCAUCAUAAUUUCUUUUACAGGUUUCUAAUCUCACUUAAAAUGUAUUAAGAAACAUAUGGUUGCUACCCCCUUCCAAUGACUGAAUACAAAUCUAGAACUAUGUAAAAGCAUAACCUGGCUAUCGCUUUGCUACAAUUAAUCAAAAUUCACCAUUUUUGUUAAUUCACAUGCUUGCUGGACUGAAACAGUCUUCCUAGUAUUCCUAAUAGUGGUGUCUAGUGCCCAUUGGAACUGAUAGGGUGAAAGGCAUAAAGGUCAACACUAGGUAGAGCCAGAGCCAAUGACAGAACCAACUAAUUCUCAUUUUGCCCCCAUCCUCCUGCCUGUUGAGUUCUGCAAGAGGCCACACUGAGACUGAGGAAGGGGAGGAAACUGCCGCCUCCUGUUCUGGGUGUAAGAAAGAAGGCUGGCAGGCAGGAGCUGGCUGAGGGCAGACUAAGGUUGGUGGGGCAGUGACCCAUUUGCCAUAAUAGACCAACCUCCCUAACAGUGCAGCCCUGUGCACAGUAACCUGAAAGCAAGUCACAGUGUGAGCUUACUCACUAGUAAAUGCAUGGAGGAUUUCAAGACCAGAACUGCCACUGAUGUGAGUUUCAUCUACAGAAAUCCCUACCCAGGUUUUGAGAGCUUAACUAGCAUGGAUGAACAUUAAUUAAGUGGAAAUUAGGUACUGCCUGCUGCUUCUUGAUCAAAGUUAGGGCUAAUGUGGUACAGAGAGUUAAAAGCUAUUUGCUUUUCCAUCACUGAAAAGCCCCUUAACCCAAUAGGGUGAACCUGUGGCUCUCAAUCUGAAGUUGGACUCCAACUAGGUCCAAUAGCUCAGCAACCUCACAAGGGCCACCAGUUCUCUUCUAGAAAAUGUGCAGAUCCAUAUAAAACCACCUAAUGGGCAUCACUGCUGUUGUCAUUAUGUAGACAGGGGAUGUGGCUGUUUCAUGUAUUGUAGAGUCAGAUAGCAAAUAUAACAUGUUAGGACAGGAGAAUCUUGGGCAAUUUAUACAUCAAUUAUAGAGCUUGCCUGGGGACUUUCCUAGUUCUUCUCCCUAUAGCUUUUCCAUGUGUGGAUUUAUAUUUUACUCACAUCCAUAAAAUCACAAUUUGCAUAUGGUUUUAUUUGAGUGGAACAGUAUGUUUCAGUUGUGUUUUAUUUAUGCAUAUUGGCUGCCUUUGGAACGCUUGGCCUGAAAGCUAGCAUAGACACAGGUAUUUUAAAAAUGAGUAAGAUUAUCUGAUGCAGAAUGUCACAUCCCAAGAAUUGCCAUUUUAAUUUAUAAGCUAGAGCAAGUUUCUACUCUGCACUCUCAAAUAAAUCUGUUUUUCAGGGCAAAAAACAAACCCCCAACUUCCUGUGUUUCUUGGCCACAUGGACUGAAGUCACAGAGCCCAUUCAUCUCAUGCCCAUCUAGAGAAUAGUAGCUUAUGCUCAAAUUGUCACAACACUCACCAGAGAUAAUUUAACAGCAGACACUUUUCAAAUACCACCAGAGGGAGGGAAAUCAAGGGCAAAGAGGUCUUAUGCCAGUGUUUCCUGCUUUCCAGAUUGCUGAAUCAGUAUAUUUUUAGCUGUAAAUUAUACCCCUGACUGAAACAAAAGGAGGAAGCCCCAACACCCUCACUGUUUGCUUCCAGAGGCCAGUUAACUGCUUUCUAGAGGGGUAGCGGUGCUACUAAGUUGUUUUAAGAACAGUAAGAGUAUUUUGCAGCCUUUUAAAGACUAAUAAAUGCAUUAUGGCAUAAGCUUUUGAUGGAGAGCCUUCUCCAACCUCGUGCCACAGGCAGAUUUAGGGGAGGAGCAAGGCCGGUUCGCCUGCACUAGGUACCCAGCUGAGAGGGCGCCACAACGAUGAUGUAGAACAGAGGCGGGGAGCUGUGUGGAUUUAGGUGUUGCACAGGGCACUGCUGAAAUUUGGAAGCCCCAAAUCUGCCUCUCCUGCUUGUGCCCUGCAUAUGGUUUGGACUAUGGACACAGCCACUUCCUAGAAGAUUAUGUCCUGCACAUGCAUGGAAGUCUUCUGCAGCAUCCACACAUCGCAUCAAAAUAGCAGCCCACACUUUCCUCCUUAAUUCAGAUUUCCCUGCUGUUUCUGGGUUGUUUUUAACUUACUGGACAGGAUUAAGCCAAGAAGACCUAGGACUGUGGUAAGAGGAAGUGGAAAGUAUGUCAGUUAGUGCUAAUGUGGUAGGGGAGGCCACGGAAGGCCAAGUGACUCUUACUCUCCCUUGCCUUGAAAAGCUGGGUGUUUCAACAAGGGAUUACCAGCAAAGAGACAGCAAGAAUGAUGGCUAGAGAGCAACUGGGGGAAAGUGUGACGAUCAGUCUGAGUCUGCCUGAAGGCCUAUCCAAGUGACAGUGUCAACUGCAGAGAAAUCUUGUUCUACUAUAAAAGCUUUUAUGGGUUGUGAAGGGGUGAAGAGAUUUGCUCCUUUCUUAUCCCGUCAGUCUAGGACAUGGGAAGUUAACAUGCUGCCCUCCAUAAGUUCUUGUAUUACAACUCCCAUCAGGCCCUGCCAGCAUGGUCAAUGAUCAGGGAUGAUGGGAGUUGUAGUCUGCUCCGCCCCUGCCCCCCCAAACAACCCCACACAAUCUGGAGGGCACCACAUUGACCACCCCGGGUCUAGGGCUCAGACACGUGCCAGAACAGCACACGGAAGCCUAUUUUAACCUUAAGUAUGAAGACUGAACAGCAUUAAGGUGACUUCACACAUCUUUGCCAAAGCCCCUUCGUGCACAGCAAUGUAAGCUUUUGAGCUGGGGAGACGUGGUGGGAUGCAUGUAUAAUUCUGACACAUCUUCAUCAUGCAAUUGAUCAGAAAAGGCUCUGGCUGAGCAGAGCUGCAUCCCAGACUACUUGCUGGUUUCUGAAGUGUAUUUAAUUAUUUCAGUCUGCUUUAAAUUACAGUAUUAUGGCUCAGCGCUGGUGUGUGGCCUUUGCUCUGUCACUACUGUGGAUCAUUGCCAGCCCAGAGCUCCUGGACCGUUCCCAAUGCCCCAUCGGUUGCAGCUGCUCUUUCACAGACUGGUUUAUCCGGUGCUCCAAUGCCAGCCUCUCUUCUCUGCCCGCUGGUAUCCCACAAGCCACAGUGGAGCUUGAUCUGCAGUUCAAUCAGCUUGGCAGCCUGCUGGCAGCCUCUUUCCCAGAUUUGCCCGAGCUCACCACGCUUUUCCUUGGGAGCAACCAAGUGCGCCGGAUUGAAGCAGGAACCUUUCUCGGUGUAAAGAAUUUAUACCACCUCCACUUGGACAACAAUCUCCUUGAAGAGAUCCCAGAAGGGGCAUUUGAAAACCUGACCAAUCUAGUCUUUCUGCACCUGGAGCACAAUCGGAUUGCUUACCUUUCACCAGGUAUUUAUAGAUGGGUGUUUCCCCCCCCCUCAUUGCUAAGGUAGUGAUUAUCCCCCUCACUUUCAUUCCCAACAGUUUUAGGGUAUGAAUUGUAGGGAAAGGAUGCCUUUGGGAUGAAUGAGUGGACACAUAAGACUUAGAAAAAUACCAGCAGCUGACCAAUUUAGAAGCUAAGCACAAAGCUGAUGUGGAGUAACUUCACUGAAAUUGGCUAGUUCAAGCCCUCUAUGAAUUACCGUAUUUUCCCGUCUAUAAGAUGCCCCCAUAUGUAAGACACCCCCUAAUUUUUGACAUUAUUUUAAAGGGGAAAAACCUAGUCUUAUACAGUACACAGAAAAAUACGGUAUUUCAGCAUAAAUUCAAUAUGGAUCUAUUCAGUUGAGGCAAACAUCUCUUUUCAACAGCAAUAAAGUAGGCCCACGGUAUUACUGCUACUGAUAAUGACGCUCAUUUUUUAUGUGCGAUAGGCCAGAUUCUGGUGCCCUAUAGCUUAUUCUGGUGCCCUUCCUGUUGCCUUUUGUAUUUCUUAUGGCACAAAAGAAGAUUCUUAUUUUACUCUUGGUGUGGAAGAAGGGAGAGAGCUCUUGACAUUCUCUGCAAAUUUUAUAAAAUUAAAUUCUAACACAAACAAGGAUGCAGGUCUGUAAUUUUUGCCUGAAAGUUCUGUCCUGUCCUGAUGACACCACUGAGCACAAGACCACAUUCAGUGCCACAGUAUUGCAGGAGGGACCAAGAGGUUAAAUCUGAAUAUCUCUAGAGAUUACACACACACACACACACACACACACACACACACACCGUAAACCAACUUGCCUAUGAGGAAAGACAAGUUAACCUGGCAUCAUCCUGAGGUGUCAGGUGGGGGGAGUCUUGGGAACAAACUAGAUAUCAUCAAACACAAAUGUGCACCAUGAAAAGUAGAAACUGGCCAACAAUAUUCAUUUUAUUUAUUAAUUAAAAUAGUUAUAUGCUGUCUCUCAAGUCACAGUUCUGCAAGGACCAAAUGAUAGGCUAGUUUCUGUUGUGCCAUGUUCAAAUCCCACUGCUAGCACCAUGUGAUGUCUGGUUCUCAAAAGUUCUGUGAAACACACUGAGUAAGGCUCAGGCCUCCCAUAUAGCAACAACUUUGUUCAUUAAUCUGAGCACAAGCAAGUAUAAACACACACCCAGAGAAGGAACCCUAGACCUAAGCACUUGGUUGCUUAAGCACUUUUCACCUGUGCUGGAAAGCAGUUCACAGAUGUGCUCUGCACAUCAUUACCACCCUGGGGAGGACAGAAGUGGGAUGGAGUUACUAGCUCUCAGCUCAAGGCAGCUCUUACUUCCACUCUCUCUUUUGCCUAGGUGCAUUCUCCUCUUUGAAGCGACUGAGUCUGCUAGACUUGAGUCACAACCUGUUGACUGAACUUUCAGACCAGGCCCUUGGUGGUCUCCAGCAGCUACGCAAACUUCACCUCAGUGCUAACCUUAUUGCCAACUUGUCAGCCAGAGCUCUCCCGGGCAACAUGCGGAUCCUCUACCUCGACUGGAACAGGCUGAAAAGUGUGCCGCUUGCCGUCCGCACCUCGGCCACUCUCUCCAGCCUUGAUCUUAGUGGCAACCCAAUCCAGGAGCUGACAUCUCUCUCCUUUGGGAGGAAGCUCAGCUCGCUGAGGCAGCUGUUCUUAGAAAACCUGUGCAUGGAGAACAUUACCAGCUCAACGUUCAAACGGCUACGCAGACUCGAGGUCUUGAGCCUGAGGAACAAUAGUUUGGAGUCGCUGUCACCUCUGUCAUCGCUGAAGUAUCUCUCGACUUUGUAUCUGACUGGGAACAAGUGGCGCUGUGACUGCAACUUAAUCUGGCUUCGCACCUGGCAGAAGCAAGUAGUAAGAAAAGAUCGCAGCCCAGUGGAAUGCAGUUCCCCGGAAGCCCUUCAGGGACAACAACUGGCUAAUGUAGAGGUAAUGAACAAUCUGAAUCACACUGACAGACCCCAGAAACACCUUGCAAAUAGAACUGUCGAAGCAAGAGGGGGGGAACAGACACCCCUCUCCAUCUGCCAUCCAGGGUAGCAAGGGACAUUAUCACAGUUCAAGGGCAAAAUUUUAGCCACCUGAGGAUACUGAUCCUUGAUUAUUUUGUAUAACAGACAGAAAAGAGCCUAGAGAUAGUCUAAAGCUGGGCCACAAGACAAUUUCCCCAGAGUUGAAAGUGGUAUGAAACAGGAACACUUGUUUGGGGUGUGUCCACUAGUCUCUGGCAAACAGGUUUUGUAGGUUUUUAUAAUGCUUCAAGAAUAUACAAAGCCUGUUAGCUAGAGGCAGACAACAAUGGGGCAGAAUAAAUGAGUGUGUACAUCACAGGCAAUGUUGUCAUCCAACCACAUUCAUUUCUCUUUAAGCAUUCUCUGUCUGCAGCAAAAUGGGUCACUGAAGGAAGUAGUGGCAACGCUAAAUUCAACUCUGAAGUCAUAAGAGCUUUCUUAGGAAGCUGUAACAUUCUGUACGUUACACUUACUUGUCAUGUACUAAAACGAAGAGCCUUCAUUUAGACAUUACGUAUAAAGGAGAGAGCAAGUGUGACACACAUUACAGUUGAUACUGGAAGAUGACUUCUCUCAUGUCUUCUUUUCCCCUCCAGUUACAGAAAUUGACUUGUCCACCUUUUCAAACCGAUUCAGCCACCACCAGCUCCUCUACAAAUGCCAUGCCUGCGAUAUCUACUCUACCCAGUGAACGACUUUUGCUACAAGCUCCUACGACCCUUCCGAUCACUGUUUUCACUGCUUUCGUUACCAGUAGGAUGUUCUCUGUUGCAGGAACAACUACACAAAAUAAUCCCACUUCAAGACUAACCACUCAUGAGACCCAUUACAUACUGGAGAAAUAUGACCCUUGCCUCUCUGACCAUAUUAGUAGCAUUCACAUAAGAACAAAAGACCACACUGCCCUGGUGGUUACUUGGUCUUUCUCUGGAGAUCAUGACCAGUUUGAAGUGCGCUACAAGUCUUCUGUGGAUCAGCACAUACUGCGAGUGAUUGGACGUUUAACUGAGAUUGAACUCCACCAUCUGCAACCAGGGACCGAUUACAGGGUUUGCGUUAUUCCCCAGAACGAGAACCUCCUGGAGUGUGUGGCUCCUCCAGCCCAGCAAUGUGCUACAGGGCGCACUGAAGCCCAAGUUCCAGCUCAGCACAACUUAGCCCUGGGAAUUGGCAUCACCAUCGCACUUUUAGCACUGAUGGCCCUGGCUCUCUUUGCCUUCUACAAGUGGCGGACCCGACCCUUCCAGUUCCAGCGCUACUAUGAUGAAGAUGGGCUGCUUUCCCGACGCCAAGGCACUGCCCAGUCCAAGCUGACCACAGAGCCAGUCUAUGAGAACUUAGAAGAGGACAACCAGCAUGUUUAUAUGACAGCUGCCAGCCAAUGGCCUCAAGAGAAGAUAGACUGCACUCCUGUUGUCCCAUCCAGAUUUUCAUCCACACCAGCCUAUGCAAGCCUCUGAUAGUUACAGAAUAUUAGUUAUUUGUUAAAAUGACCAGGUGUCGUGAAUGGCAUCCAAACCUUCGCAGCUGUGGAUGAGAACGUUUCUUACAUGACCACAAAGAAAUGCUGAAUCUGAUGGAAGAAAUCUUUUCUAACCUGUCUCCUCCUUUGUGAAGAUUUUUUCAAAGAAAUGAAGUCAGCUGUUAUUAACUU